GAGUGGAGAGAGAGAGAGAGGAAAAGUCAAGAGCAUAUUAUUCUCUCGUGUUAUAUACACGUUUUAUACCCAAAGUGUGUACAUCCACACUUUCAUCGAAUGUACAUAAAAUAUCCCUAAAAAACCGUAAAAAUUAACUAAAAAUGGACCCAUCCGCCCCCACUCCGACGACGACCCUGAUAAAAUCCAAACUGGACGAGGUCACCUCCUUUUUCCACAACCCUUACUCCACCCAGAUCGGGGGAUGAUUGACGCCGCCACCACUCCAUCCACCGCAACCCACGUGACCACCACCCCCAACUACCCCCAGAUCCUCCCCAUCUGCGACCUCCUCAAUUCCUCCCCUUCGUCCCCCACUCUCCACACCCACUACAUAAAAGCUGUGAAGAAAAAACUCUCCACCAAAUCCACCCCGACGAUAAACCUCACCUUGGAUUUGAUAGAAAUCACGGUGAAGAAUUGUGCAGAGAAGUCGGAGUUGUUUCAGAAAUCGGUGAUGAACAGGGGUUUCCUCGAAGAGUUGGUUCGGGUGAUGGGAACCUCGCCGAUCCCGACGCAGGACAAAAUCCUCUCCCUCAUCCAAUCUUUCUAUGACAAUUUCAAAACCGAUCACCCCGACGUUGGGGAGGUUUAUCACGAUUUGAAGGAUAAGGGAGUGGAAUUUCCAGGGGUGGAUUUCGAUGGGGGAUUGGUCCCAAUGGUCAUGAAACCCCACAUUAAUAACCACGUGCCAAUCGUCCUUCCUGUGGAUCACGCUGAGGAGGAAACCCCCAUCCUGCACCCCGUCCGGUUCAACAAUAUUAAACCUAUUCAACCUACUCCAGAGCAGAAAGGGAAGAUUUUAAAAGACUUGGACAUCGUUCGGAUGAAUUUGCAAGUGUUGAACGAGGUUGUGAGUGAGGAUUUAGAGGGGGAUGAAGAGUGGGGGGAGUCGCUCUACAGCACGACCCUCAAAAUGCAGUCCCGCUUGACAACUCUCCUGAGUCAGUUGGACGACGGGGAGGACGCUUUUUUGAGCGAAUUACUUCAAGUCAACGAUGAAAUGAACAAUGCUUUUUUGAGGUACACGCGCUGGAUGAAAAACCAUCAAAAGAAAAAGCAGGAGUCGACGACGUCGCUGAUUGAUUUUAACACGGAGAGCACGGCGGUGGAGGGGGCGAUACCGAAAUUUAGGCGGUUGUCCGAUGAGAUUCUGAAGACCCACACGGAAGCGGAAUUUAACGAAAUGGAGGCGUGGUUGGAGUGCUUUCCAGCACCACCCGUCCCAGCCACGCCGCCUCAAUCCACGCAAUUAACACCCUCGGAGUUUGACAAGUUCUUGGAGGAGCGGUUGAAGAAAUAAAUAAAUUAUAAAAAAUAA